AUGUUCGUGUUAGAUACCCCUGCGAGAAUGGCGCGGUCUGGGCUGGCUCGUGCAGUGUGCUUCUUUCUUCUCGCCGCAGCCCCUUGUUGGCAGCGGGCGUCCGCGGCAAAGGGUACGCAAGUACAGCCAGAUUGCAAAGUGCAGAACGCCACAACCAUGUGCAAUUGCUCAGAUCAGCCAUCCAAAGCAACACGGGAGGAACCAGUCAACGACGCAACCCUAUCAGAGUCAACAAAUAUCCUCCAAGUCCAAUGUAAACAGCCUUCGGCGUUCGUACCCGCUGGGACGAGCGUGUGCGCUGGAACUGGAGCGGAGGCAUCUCUCACAGCUUGUAAAGCGUCCGAGGGAGGAAGCCCGAAGGUGCCUAUCAGCACCCUUCUGGCGAAAAUCCCGUCAAGCACGACCGCGUGGGAGGCCAGCGACGACACUUCGUCUUUAACGAUCCCAUCCGCGAGCUUCCCGUUUGUUGACAAGGAUUUUUUUGUGGGUUGCAGCAACGGGGACAGCAGCAGCUGCGUAGUGAACGUGACCGUGAAGGCCAGAAAGUCGCUGCUCAAAGAAAACGUGCUGACCUGUUCGUACGGCGCAGAAAGCAACCAGCCCGUCCCGAAAACCACUCUCGACUCCACCAACAACUCCCUGACGGUCGUCUGCGGCACAGAUGGAACCAUGCCGCUGACCGCUGGAGUUCCCACCAUCUACUUGUGCAAAGACCCAGAGACCGACGUGUGCACGACGGUCGAGGACGUCACUGAAGUGUUUCCAGGCUUCAGCAAGGCGUGGUGGACAAAGCAGGAUGGUCAGGAGAAUGCAGCCAAGCUGACGAUUCCGAAGGACGGAUUUCCUGUUGAGCCGAAGACUGUUAUGUUUGGGUGCAGCCUUCAGGUCCAACCCCCCCUCAGAAAGAUGCGCCGAAAGAGGACGGGCUGGAUGCAACUGUCCUUCCUACAUGCAAGGUGA